CAACAACACGGGAAGCUUUUCGACUGCCCUAUAUAUCCUUCUAGACGCGUCGCAUUUGCCACUGUGAACACAACUUGGGUGCUGUUGCCCGCUUGCUAUCGAACAUGAUUGAGACCUUGAUGGGCCAGGAUGGCCUGGACGCCUGUGGCCAUCGCUGCGUCCGGCAGCGCCGGAAAGAUAACACUGCCACAGCGGGACGAGCAAGUACCGUAGAUGACAUGUGCACUUUGUGUCCACAAUUCACAGCAUCCGUACCUUCAUCUAUGUCCGUACUAACAUGCAAGAGGCAGUAGCAGUAACGGAUACCGCUCGUACGCCAACGCGUCGCCAGAAUGCGCUGGCCGACAUACAAUUCGCGUCCGUCCUCGACGAAGACCUUACGCCAUCCGAGGACGAGACGCCGGAAGAACAGCGGCUGCAGCUGGAAACUGUCCAGUCGGCCAUUGGAGUCAGCAUAGGACGGCAGCAGACACGCUUGACCUCGCCAAAGACGCCGGCUGCUGAAAAAGCGGCCGCCUUGGAAGAAACCGACGGCGGCGUGCUGUUUGAUGGCUGGGAGGAAGCAGGCGACGGCAUAGCAGAAGCGAGCGCGAAAUUGCCAGUGAAGGCCGAUAGUGAGGGCGAGGAUGCUGAUAUGAGAGGAACUCGGGUGCAGGCACCUAGCAAUGACGACAACAGACUACGAGAGUCACAAACUCCCACACGCCUUCCUUCACCGUGGCGCGCCGGCCCCAAGACGUGGAGCGACCACCGAGCGGUCCUCAAAACCCACCUACAAAGCGGACGACGUCGAGCGUCCUCGAGCGGCUCCAUGACCGAGGCUAUGCGCAAGUAUAUGCCCUUCAACCUACCGUCGUCCCUAUCCAAGACCUACAAAGAUCUUCACUUCUCUCUCCCUAGCUUGUCAGUGCUGUCUCUGGAUAGUGAGCGGGGUGCAGCCAGCGGUCGAAGACGAGGGACAUUUGCCAGUGGUACGCCGUUGGGGAGCAUACCGCAGCAUGACGGCGGCUACCAAUCGACGCUACAACGCCGCAGAAGCGCAUCGAGAGGUAGCACCGCCCUGCCACAACACGCCAACACGACACCCAUUCCUCAGCACGAGUUUGGUGACGACAGCAGCUCUACAAUAGCAGCUCCCCCGCCACCGCGGGAGCCUCGCGGACACGGCCCUAGGUUGCGCCGAUCCACCUCGGAAGGCUCAUUACUUGUCUACCGCUCCAAGUCCUUUGCCUCUUCCCUCGGUGACGAUACCCGCUUCGAGAGUGUUCAAGAACAAGUCAACAGCAGGCUGAAGGCUAUUAGAGACAGCUGGCAAGACUCGAACUUCAAACUACCCAGUCCUUCCUUUCCCAACUUCAGUUUUGGUUCCAAGGAUGACACGUUCCGGAGCCGCAAUGGCAACAUAGCUCCCAAGGCGCGAGAUGCAGAGGAUGGUACCACACAUCGAGUGAGCUUUCGUGCAACCAUGCCAUCAUCAGCCUCGCGAAACGUAACGACCAAAACAAAGCGACUACCACCUAGAGACGGCACCACAGACGCCGAGACACAUCCUUUCUUCACACAGGCCCUACAAGAUCUAGAGGGAGAUGUCGUCGUUCUAGGAGGCUAUCGCGGAUCCGUCUUGCGUUCCGCUGAACACCCCAACCGCCAGCUCUGGGUACCAAUCAAGGUCGGCUUGAACUUGCGCAAAGUAGAUCUGGAGGUUCCCCUUGAUGCCGACGCUGACAAGCGAAUGGAAGAGACUAUCUACCCCAGCGGCAUGCUGACUCACAUUGGGCCUGUGGAUAUCUCGAAACGCCUCCUCAAGCGCCUAAAAGCCUGUGAAAAGGUAAAGGGGGGUAAAUUGAGGGUUCACAACUAUGGCUAUGACUGGCGGCUCUCACCACACUUCCUUAGCCGGCGAAUGAUUCAGUUCCUUGAAUCGUUGCCGUGCAACCAACCUGGCGUCCCCAUUGAGAAACGCGGGGCUGUAAUCAUUGCUCAUUCUCUCGGUGGCUUGAUUAUGCGUCACGCCAUCAACCAGCGACCAGAACUAGUGGCAGGCAUUGUCUAUGCUGGCGUGCCUCAAAGAUGCGUCAACAUUCUCGGUCCUUUCCGGAACGGUGAUGACGUUCUGUUCUCAUCUCGCGUCCUGACUGCGCAGGUGAACUUUACCAUCCGAACAUCGUACGCAUUAUUACCUCUGGAUGGAAAAUGUUUCUUCAACAAGCACACAAAAGAAGAGUACCCUGUCGACUUCUUCGACGUCAACACAUGGAAGGACUGUCGCUUGUCGCCCUGUAUAGCCGCCCCUCUCCCUCGUCCUGAAAUGUCUAAAGAUAGCAACUUUAGCGUGAGCGGUCUAAUGAGUGCAAUGUCUCAAGCGUUGCCCACUUUGUCAGGUCGCAAAGGCAGCUUCAGCCUAUCCAAAAACUCGCAGUCGAACUCCUCGAACACCCCCAAUCCUUCAUCUUCCGUCGGUGAUGCGGCCAAGGAUGUCGCAGAUGUGGCCCGUAACGCGGCAGACAAGGUAUCAGAGAGCGGUGCGCAAACCGCUGGCAUGGAACCCCAAAUGACACAAGGCCAACAUUCGGCCAACCCAACGGAGACUUCAGAGGAACCAAAUCCUGCGUCAGACGUUACAAUCCCGUACGACAAAGCUAUAGAGUAUCUAGCGCGUGUUCUUGCAGAAACCAAAGCGUUUAAACAGGAACUCGCUCAUAAGCCCGCACAUACCGAGUCGAACUCUUACCCGCCCAUCGCUCUCAUAUACGGGAAGUCCACGCCUACAUUGUUCGGUGCCAAGGUCGAGUCCCGCGAAGCCAUCAAACGGGCCGACGUGUAUGAUGAACUUGCGUUCGCGAGUGGAGACGGUGUGGUACUCGCACGAGCCGCUAUGGCGCCGGAGGGGUAUUCGGUAGUCAAAGGUGGAGUCGUGUCGAGCGAUCGCGGCCACGUCACUCUUCUUGGAGACUUGGAGGCUGUAGGACGAUGUCUACAUGCCGUUGUCCAGGCGAGGAAGAACGGCGUCGGGCUGGGGCAAGCUGGGGUGCUGAAUGGUUCGGUCAAGGGGACAAGCGAUGGAUUGGGUAUCCAAGGACCACCCAUCACGUCGUGAUUGUCAUUGACAAGAGAGUACACAUAGACGGGCGAAGAUACACGGACCUAGACUCUAUAAAAUCAGACCUGAAAACAAUGCUGAUGAAAAAAAUGAAAAAAUUCAAUCAUUGCCUCAGCUUGUCUAAUUUCUCUAUGUCUCUUACCUAGGGCGCUAGGCAUGGUUCAUACUCUACCUUCACCUGGUCUGCCUUCACUUGGUCCGCCUUCGCCGUGGAUCUACUAUAACUUAGUGGUCUAAGUUACGUUGUAUAGCUUCUCUAGUCCUCCACGACCAUUGCCUCACCUACUUCUAGUUCUACUUCAGAACAUACCAAGUAAAAACAGAAGGAUUGCAUUGGUCCUAAAUCACGCAAGUAGGUCAGGCUGCCUUAGAGCGUUGGAGCAAAGCUAAAA